AAGGCGCGCGCGCGGUGGGCGGAGCGGUAGAAGGUUCUGGUAGCUGGCGCGGCCGGUUGGAGGGAGGUGCGGCCUGGCCCGGCAAGGCGGAGAGUGUCGCCAUGACCCGUGGGAAUCAGCGUGAACUUGCCCGCCAAAAGAAUCUGAAGAAGACCCAAGAGAUCCACAAAGGGAAAAGGAAAGAAGAUAGCUUGUCUGCUUCUCAGAGAAAACAGAGAGACUCUGAAAUCAUGCAGCAAAAACAAAAAGCAGCUAAUGAAAGGAAGUCUCUGCAGGCAGGAGCAAAAUGAACCCUCUCUACGGAGGAGACCUAAUGAGAGUGCAUCAAUGAAACUAAAGGGCCUAGAAGAUCAGACAGUUAUAGAAAUGGCCAACCAUUAAAUGGUUAAAUGUUUAUCUCAUACUUGCAGACUUGUUCAAUUUGCAUUUCUUUAGAGUAUUUUCAGGUUAGUGUAGGCUUAGUUAUCUGAUAUGUUAUUUCAAAACUUGUUAUUUCAAAACUGACUGUACUCCUCUGCAUGCAUAAAAGUAAUGGUACCAAGCAAUAGCUUAACUCCAGCUUCUGUUGCAAUUGUUGGUUUCAUUUAAUGGUUCCAAUAAUAAUGAAUUUCUGAAUCUACAGUUAGACCAGAUCUUCUGUUCUUGAUUUCUUAAAGAACAAAUUAAUUCACAAUGGAACAUACUUGUAAAAUGUGCUUAAACUUAAAGGUCUGAACUGUAAAGCUCAUCUUAAAUUAUUUUUACAAUAAAAUGUUGCAUGAAAUACUGUCUAAUUGAAAUGGUUAUGCUUGAUACAUUAGUUCAUUUAAGAAUUAUCAAGAACACUUAAUUAUGGACAAAUACAAUCUGGCAGUAUUAAGUCUGUACUACAGAAGAUGCUUAUCUAGUUAGUCUUCAUUUGUGUACUUUAGCAGACUGUGAAACUAUUACUUUAAGCUACAGGUUUUGAAAUUAAUACAUUGAAGGUGUAAACAGAUAGCAACACUGCUGUCACUAAAAUGGCUGAAACUUGCUGCUUCCUCAAACUCACCUGAAGAAUAAAACUUAAGCAGGUACUGCA